AUGGACAAGGAAACGGCUAUGGAGGAGCUUGGGCUGGAUUGCGUGGUCCGGGUUAUGGCUAUGGUGGAGCUUGGGCUGGAGUUGGUGCUGGAUUCUAAGGCCCCGGUUAUGGUUAUGGUGACACCCCAAUCCAAAUUGUCUGAAAGGAUAAGUGCAGUUUUUAAGAAUGCACGCUUCACGAACUAUUUAUGUGUUGAGUAUUCAUCUUGCGUCGCUUCGAAUCCACAACUUGUGACUUCUGGAAAGACGAUGGGGCAAUAA